GGGGGUAACGUGCAUCACCUCUCCCAUCUGCUGGCUGCUCCUGAAACGCAUGCGCAGUGCGGCUCUCCAUCAUUUCCAAUAUCCCAGUGUAAGAGAACCAGCAGAGGCAGAGAACUAAUGGGAACCAUGGGAAUACCACUACCCUACUGCGUUUGGGAACCAAUAUGUUGAACACAUUCUACUUGUCCGACUGCAUCCUGGUAGGCAAAAGACAAAUGGUAAAACAUUCAUAGUAAAAACGAUCCUGUGAAAGCACAGAGACUCCUGAUCCCUGCUUUUGCAGUCAGCAUCUUCCUGAGUCACAUGGCUCUGAGUGACAAGAUGCAGUAAUGGAAGUCCACGCAAUAUUCAGCACCAUAGCCAUGAGGCAGCUGAAAGGGUAGGGUCUGCUGUGAGCUCGCCUCACCCUACCCCACCACCCACCCAGAGUCGCACGUUGAAGCAUAAUCCUGCAGCUCUCCCCGUCUCCUCCACCCUCCCACCCCCUCCUCAAUCACGGCUUUGGAAGACGAACAUGACGUGCAUGGCGAGGACGCUGGUUGAUGUCUGAUAUAUAUACCUCUGAGGUGUCGAGUGUAAAACCAGCGGAGCAAUGAAUGGCGGAAAGGACUGUGAGGCGGGAGAUGAGAGGCAGGCAGUCCCUGUGCAGGUCCCCAUUGGCUGGCAGCGCAAGGCGGAGCACGGCGGCGGGGUCAUAUACAUAAGGUAAGAGGAAGAGCCAGCAAGCAACACCUUACCAUUUUCAAUUCCAUUACAAAUUGAUCUGCCUUGUUUUUAAAUAGUAGAACACAUGUCACAAACGCAGCACAUAUAAGUACAUCUGCACGGUGGUACUUACAGUGUUAACACAUAUUUGAAUUGCAGUCAUUUUUAUUCUUUCACCUGUAGUGAAUUAUGUGGACAAAAGAAGGUGAUUCAUUUUUAGAAAUGAUGUAAUGGAUAUAGUAAUAAAUCAUCCUCAGGAUUUGUAGUCGGCCCCUCAAAAUCAAAGAUGGCCCAGCAGGUUUGUUUACACACGUUUGGCUCUCUAAUUGAUUUUCUCUGCAGGAGGUGAACAGCAACAUGAUGACUUUCGAUGGUGUUUUUUUCUGUGUGUAGUCAUGGUUUUCCCCCAAAUGACUCUCCUGAAGCAGCAGUGCUUUUGGCAAAUGCUCUUGAACAUACUGUUGCCGAUAAUACUCCAAAAAGCGAUCCCUUCACACAGGGACUUGGGCUGGAUCCCUUACUAGUGUGAUCGUGGUAUGAAGACUGGAAGUGGGUGUCCUUCCCGGCACAUGAACCCCAGCACGUGUAUUUACCAGCCACAAUGAACUAAAGCAGUUGGCUGGUGUCAGGUUUAUUUUGGGGGUUGGAAAGAAUCCUGUCUACUUCUGUGACCGUGGCCUGAUACUGUCACUGCACACUUGUAUUGGCCCAUGUUUUCUCCAGAUCUCCACAGUAGAUGUGUCCAGCCCAUGGUAAACACUGAUCUUCUUUCAUUCGUGGCAAGUUUGAAAUAUUUCACUUGGUGUGUCUUUCAGAUUUUAUCCAACAUAUUUGGGCACUAAGCUCAUCACUGACCUCCUGAUCACAAUUCUUAUAUUUACUGAUGGUCCUAAUAAUUCUGGUUUUCUAGUAAAAAACAAAACACCACGAUGGCAUAAGCGCUUUAUUUUUGUACACAUACCAGUUAAAAUAAAUGUAUCUACGUCUCCAAAAAAUCCAAAUAAGUACACAUAUAAAAGGAAGACCUUAACUAGCAUUUGCCAACCACUGCUUUCACAUUGAGAUUUUCUUUAGUGCUGGAUUCAAUAUUACAAUUCCAAGGCCAAUGGUACACGCUCCUCCUUCUUCUAUACUGUCAAUGUUUUCACGUACUGUUUUCAUUCCAUAUAGAUCAAAGUCAUCCCGUGGAGUGGGAGGAUUUUACUGUGUGAUUUGAUGGUUGCAAGCCUGUAAAACCUGCAGCAGAAGCUGCCUCAAGGAGCUGCUAACCUGCCUUAAAAUCGUGUGUAUGUCUCUGUGGAGCAUUUGAGUGUCCAAUCGUUUCUUUUUCAAUUCACACCUUCCAAAAAAAACUAAUUCCUCAAAAAGAACCGGCAUAUUGCAACAGAUGGACGGUAUUUCUGCACACCAAGACCAAGUUUAGUGAAGAGCAUUUUUACAUUGUAGGCAGCUAAACAAGUGUAGGUAUGCAGCAGGCAUUUAGUUCUGGUUUAACUUGGAGUUGUCAUUGAGAAAUAUAAUAUUUGUGUGUGUUUAUUUGUGCAGCUUAGCUUAAGCAAAUGUAACUUUUUGUCGUCAAAUUUAGAAAUCAACAACCAUACCACUUAGAUCAGCUUUACUGCCAUCAUUUGACUCGCUGCCUCUGUAAGUGCACAGAAUUGAUAAUGUAUCCAGUGGUACCCCAGGAAUCCAAAUCAAACUGUGAAUAACCAAAAUAUGGACACCCCUCAGUCAUUUUUCCCUGGAGCUGUUGCAGCUGAUGUGCGCCCUCAGUCUGACUUUGUCUUUUCUGUGUGCAGUCCCAGUGGCUCGCUGCUGUCCAGCUUGGAGCAGGUGAAGACCUACCUGCUGACAGAUGGGACCUGCAAGUGCGGCCUGGAGUGUCCACUCGUCCUCCACAAGGUGUUCAACUUCGACCCAGGGGCGGCUGUCAAGCAGAGGACAGCGGAGGAUGUGAAAGCAGAUGAAGACGUCACCAAACUCUGCAUUCACAAGAGGAAGCUUCUGGCUGUGGCCACGCUGCGCAAGAGCAUGGGGACGCACCCCCCUCUGAGGCUCACCAGCCCAGGAGGAGGUAUAUCAUCUGUGGUCGCUGCGCAUUCCACAUCUCAACGAGCAAUAAGGACUAAACUCCACGAUGGCCUGCACAACGCUGUGGGCCCGGACUGCAAGAAUCCUUUCAAGAUGAUGAUGGCGGCUGGACAGCAGCAGCAGAGGCUGUAUCUUCCCCAGGAGAUGGGAGGAGCCCAGCAGCCAGAGCUCUACUCUGGGUAUGCCCGACCGCAGAGGCUGGGCAGUGGUGAGCCAGGCCCCAAAUCCCCUUACCGGGUUGGGUAUGGAGGCAUGCUGAGCCCACCUCCCUCCAGUGCUAAGCUGUAUGGAGAUGGCUCACAGUCUCCGUGUGCAGACUCUUUAGGCAGCCCUGAUGGUUUUCAGAGGACCAAUCCUUGUGGUUUUCCAGGAGCCGGGAGUCCUGGCUCUGCCUCCAUCCAUGGAAACACUAGAACGCCUCUUUCCCCACCCAGUGUAAUGCUCCAUGGCUCGCCUGCGGGCCAGCCCUCUUGCGCCAUGACAGGGAGGACUAGCACGCCCCUCUCCCCCACGGCCACUGCCAAAAGCCCUGUCAUGAACAUGAACAUGCCCAGGGGAAACUUCCACCCUGGUAUGGAUUUGCCCCGUGCAGCAUUUCACCAUAAAACACAGCCCCCUGUGCACCCCGUACAGCCUCCUCCAUCCAUACCACCAUCCUGCGCCCUUCAGAAAAGGCAGUUGACCUUUGAAAAAGACCCAUUAGGCAUCCUAGACCCCAUCCCCAGCAAGCAAGUCAGCCAGCCCCCCACCAAUGCCCCAAACCCCUCCAAUUUCCAGCCUAACAUCCACUCUCAGGUACAAAUGAUGAAUGUAAACAUACCCCCUCCCGCCAUCGUUCCCCUGCCAAGCAACUUACCUUUACCUACAGUGAAGUCUGGGCCUGUGGGGCAUGGCGGCCACAUUCAAAGGACUCAACAGGGUGGUCCGGCUUCCUCCAUGUCCCCCUCCCCUGUCACUUCCCCUGUCCACAUGGCAGGACCUGCCCUUGGGAGAAUGGAGGCCUCCCCUCAUCGCUCACGCUCAUCCUCCUCCUCCUCUGACCACGGGAGCUUUGCAAUGCCCUCGGGGCACCAGGCCCCGUGCAGCAACAUGAAGGUCCCUCCUCGUUCCCCAAGGUCUGCCAUGGGAUCUCCAAGGCCAGCCAUGCCCUCCAGCCCCUCCACCAACAAAACUGACGCGCACCACCAGUACAAAGACUCGCAGCUACUGCCAGGCAUGGGAAACUCCAUAUGCCCCCAGCAGCACAGUAACCCCAUGUACUCACCCACCUCUUCUUCCUCGUCGUCCUCCUCUAUGGCGACCCCCAGCGCUUCCCAGAAGGGCCAUCCAGGACUCCUGGGGAUGCCCCUCAACCAGAUCCUCAACCAACAGAACGCCGCUUCCUUCCCCGCCAGCAGCCUCCUGUCAGCCGCAGCCAAAGCACAGCUAGCAAAUCAAAACAAACUCGGCGCUGUGGGCAGCAGCCCUGCAGCUGGUGGUGGGGGGGGCGGUAUGGGGGCUGGUGGUAAAGGUAAUGGAGGAGGUGGCGGACACCCUGGCUCUAUGAGCGGCCCUCGAGGCAUGGAGGGACACAGCACUUUAAACUCAAUGCUCCCGCCAAACUCCACCAUGCUGCUCAACUCUCCCGAGGGCCAGAGCGGUCGCGCGGCUCUUAGAGACAAGCUCAUGGCCCAGCAGAGGGACCCCAUGCGCAAACGGAAGUCAUCAGGCACUGCUGCCGUAAACCACGACAACAGUAACAACAUGGUCUACAACAUGCUUAACAAACGUGUCAUGGGAGGACCCCAUAUGGCGGGGCCCAGUGCCACUGAUCAGCUGCGAAAAGUGGGCAGACUGGGAAACCUUCCCCCAAACACCUCCAUGGCCCAGCUGCUGCAGUCCAUGAGCUGCCAGAGCUCCCACAACCAUCGUCCAGGACUAAGCCCGGGCCAGGGGCCUCAAGGAUCUGCACAGCUGCACUACAGCGACAGCACAGGUAUGGUCCCCGCGGGCCCUCAGCAGAACCUCCUGGCUCAGCAGAGGCUGCGGGGUCCUGGAGAUGCAAUGCAGCACUGUCAGAACAUGGACCCCUCUGGGGGCCAUCUAGGCUCUCGUCCGGGCCAGUUCCCUGACAUGAUGGCCCAGAUGCACGACGGCAUGCAGCUAGGACGCCCACACAACAACCCCCCUCCACUGUCCCACCCCGGCCCUCACCCCUCGCAGCAGAACCUCCUUCACGGUAUAAGGCGGACUAACAUGGUGAUGCCACAUGAAGGGGGUGAUGGGGGCUGUACGCAGAACAUCUCCGAUACAGGAAACCCCUCGUCUCUUGGCUGUGGCAUGAGCGGUCUGCAGCAACACGUGAACACAGGCGGAGGGCAGAUGUACCAGCAGCAGGUCCACCAGGGCAUGCAGCAGGGGGGUCCCCCCCAUCCGGCCUACCAGGGGCAGCAGCACUUCUCUGACAACGCCCCCUACACAGACGCAAACACCGCCACCGCGAGCUCCAUGGCCUGCCUCUAUCAGAACUACCAGCAGGGGAUGUUGUCGCACCCUCAGUUCAGGGAGGGGCAGCAGCCGCAGGGCGAGGGGCUUCCAUCAGGUACAGCUGGGGGCGACAGGGGACCCGGCGGAGGUCCAGAGUCGGUGGACGCCAUCUACAGAGCAGUGGUGGACGCCGCCAGCAAGGGCAUGCACGUCACCAUAACAACCACAGUGAGCGGCACCACGCAGGCCAGCCCGGUGCCCGCCCUCAGCGCCAUGAGUGCCUUCACCGCCUCCAUAGGGGAGCCGGUCAACCUCCCACAAGCAGUUAGCAGUGUCGUGCACAGGCACCAGGACGGGGAGGGGGUCCUGCAGCAGGCCAGACCGAGGCAGGUGAGGCACGGUCGGGGUCAGAAGGAUCCAGGGAAGAGCACUCCAGAGGGCCCAGAGCCCAGCGAUUACUUCCGUUCUCCUGGCCGCGGGACUCCCAGGGGGCAGUGGGAUGGGGAGCACGGGGGUGGCUUCGACGUUCAUAGCAGCAACAACGCCUGGGGAGGGGAGGAGUUUCUGGAGUGCUCCACCCAAGUGAGGAGUAGUCCCUGCAUGGAGCGCCCUGCCAGCCUGGCCCCCGCUCCGCCCUGCCCCACUGAGGGGUCCAACGACCACGGCCAGGUCUUUCUGGACGAUGGCUACCGCUUCAACAACUGCAACCGGACACUGGUCAAUUACAAGGAGCGCCUGGAGCAGACGGUGGAGCGCUGCGUCCACAUCAACGGCGCCACCCCCCACUUCAGCAGCCGGGGUUACGGUGAAGUCCUAGGCCCCCCGAGGCAGGAGCUGACGGGGGACGACCAGUCUCCCAGCUCGUCCACCAGUCUGGAGGGGCCCCUGGCCACAGCCAAAGACUACAGCCACUACAACGGCCACUUCAACGGCAUGGCGCCCAGCCCCUCGGACACAAAGAGCCUGAGCAGCGAGGAGGACCUGCGGCAGCCGGACUCCCCCUCCUCAGAGCUGCUGCACUACCGCUCCAGGACCUUCAACAUGGGGGAGCUGGUGUGGGGCCAGCUGAAGGGCUUCCCACCCUGGCCUGCCAAGCUGGCUGGGGACGAACAAGUGCACAGCGCUGCUAUGCAGCUGCGGGAGCAGGCCAAGGUAGAGCCAGAGAAACUAAAAACACUAACUCACGACCUGGAGGCACUCGAGCGAGCCGCCAAGAGAGGCCUGAAACCGGGGAAACUGAAUAAUCAUUUGGAAGCUGCUAUCCACGAGGCCAUGAGUGAGCUGGAUAAGAUGUCGGGCACAAUCCCAUCGAGGGAUCGUCAGGUGAAACUCCCCAAGCCUAAGAGGAGGAAGAUAUCCAGAUAACAUUGAAUGUGUCGGCCCAAGAACGUCCUCAAAGCCUUCGGGGACGUUGUCCGUUCAGCCUUGAUGCGAACUGAGCUCUAACAGGUGCUACACAUGGACUUUCAGUGGUACAUCCUUGAUAUCGACUUGACUCAACGACCGACGGUGCUGGAAACUCCAAUCACCAAUACAGUUUCAACUGUAGAGAAAAGAAUGAGAUAGGGAGAAACGUUGGUUGCAUUUUGUCUACAGCUCACUGAAUUAACUAUUUUUUUCUAGUAUAAGAUAGUAAAACAAACAAAAACAAGAAGCUACAAGCAUUACCUUACAUAUUUAAGAAAAAUAGACAGUCCAAAUAUUUCUGAUACAUUUUCAAUAUGUAUAUAGAUAAUCCUGAAAUUUCAUGCUAUUAAGAAUUGUAUGUAAAUAUUGUACAAUGUCAUGUACAAGCAUACCUAAUGCACACUUUAUCUUUUAUUGUACAAAACAAAGCAGAAGUGUACCAAUGUCUUGGUUUCUAUUCAGAAAUGCGGUUGCGUACGGCCGCAUGCAUAGGAUAAAUAAGAAUACAGUCUAAAGCUUUUAUAUGAUGAACUGUAAGACGGGCUGGUCUUUUGUUUUUUGUAAGGGAACAGCAGUGGAACAGGCAUGAGUAUACAAGUUCUCCAUUAUGAAAGUGGUCCUUUGUAUUGGAAAAAAAGACACAAAACAGAAUGAACUUUACCAGCAGAAAGUGUUCAAUGUUCCCCUAAAGCAUGAUGGGAUAUGACGAGCAGCCGGACAAAUAUUGGUAAAUCUCCAUCUGCUCCUCCAGGAGAAUCAUGAAAUUUAGAGAUCCAGUUUGUGCAAAAAAGAUCUGGUGAGCAGGGGAGCAGGGAUUUGUUGGUUUACCAAUCAUCGUAACUGACAAAGGAAGGGAAAGUCCACCCUCAGCCACUUACAAAAUCAACAGUAAAUCACUUCAAUUAAUGAUCAACACACUAACAGUUGAAACCCACUUAAUAACCUUGAUUUUGUACAGUAUUUUAACUGUAUUAAAACCAUACAAGUGGAGUGUCUGUGGGUGGACUCUGCCUUCAGCUCCAGCCUGGAGUCGGCGGCUGCAUUGAUGAGUCGUGUCAUUUGGUGGUUGUGAUUAUGUUCUCAUGUUUGUACAGUACUUUUUUCCAUGACUGUCGUCCCUCGGGCCACAUCGAUAGCUUUAGGUAGAGUAACCAAGCUCAUCAACAGGAACAGUAACUCCAGAGCAGUGACAGCGCUUCUCGUUUAGGGGCCUUGUGUGUUUGUUUUGCUUAUUGAUGUAAAUUAUUUAUGUACAGUACUCCAUAUUUAUUUUAAGCUUUACAGAUAUGCUAGAUGGCAAUAAUACUACCAAGAGUUGAGAACUCAAGCCUUAUAUGUGUAUAUGUAUGUUUUUUUAACAGUGAAUAGAUCAUGUGUUCAGAGUCCAUUACACAUUUUUAUUUAAGAAGUGAGGAUUACAGAAGACACGGCGAGGCGUUCGGAUCUACUGCUUUUUGUUACAAAUUGUGUUCUAAGUUAAGGAGGGGGAAAUGUACCAACGUCUGCCUCCAAGACCAUACUAUUUAUAAUAUGCACACAGUGUUUGUGUGGACACUGCGGAGCAACAUCACCCGAUCAGUCUUAAAAUCCAAAGUGAUGCACAGCCACUCCUCCAGAUCAAAACCGGGCAACCACCUGAAAUCACUACAGAAUUCUCAAGUGCAAUACACUAACGGAGCAACAGCUUAGAACUCUGCGUCUAUGAUUGUUUGGAACCUUUUCCUGAAUUACACGUGCUCUAAACCUUUCACAUUUGUACCAAUAUUCAUCUUUUUUCAUGUGUCCUAAACUAAGAGCAAACCAGUAGUAAUUUAUUUGUAGCUUUACCGUUUACAGGGUGGUGGUGGCAAAGUGGUUAGGGGUUUGGCCUGGGAACUGGAAGGUCACCAGUUCCAAGUGCAGAACUCGAAUUUCCCCACGAGAUGAAUGAAAGUACAUCUCUCUACAUGUACACUGUACUCUCACCUUUUAUCCUCAUUAGACUUGAUUACUUGAACUUAUUGCAAGGAACCCAACUAAUGUUUCUGCCCAUAAAACCAAAUAGAACACUACUUUGUGAAGAAUGUAUUUUCUUUCUCAGCCAGUAUGACACUGCUCUUAAAACAUAUCCACACGUUUUAUGGCCCCAGACAUUUGUGGCACGGAGCCCCAGUUACGUACUUAAGUUUUAUAUCAUGCUCUAUGUUCCAAACUAGCCUCAAAGUCAGAAGAUGUAUUUCAGCCAAGUAAACAAUAUAGGCAUGUUUUAUUUCCUUCAUGUGUGCACACGUCCAGAAACUCAACUUGUACUGUAUUUUCUGAUGACAUCGAUCCCUUGAAACCUGUAUUACCUUCUUUGUCGUGUGAACACUGAGGAAUGCAAAGGCAUUGUGAAAAAGCACUGAAUUUGAAGCCGAAUGUCAAAAAUAGAAUCAGUAUUUAAAGAUAAAUAUUUUAAGGUUAAUAUCUCCUUAACUUUUCCUUCCUUUUCAAACUGUCCUCAUUUUCUUCAGUGUGCACACUUUGGUAACAUCUUAGUUGAGUUUUGCUCUAAUCUGCAGAAAGGAGAUCCUCCGGCUGAUUUCAAAGUGUGACGUUUGGUGUCGAGAACACGUGAGCUCUUUCGGUAAAGUUCAUUCUGCCUCUCCUCCCUCCCUCCCUGUUUUUUGUGCAAUGACAUGCAGGAGCCCCGUCCGGGCGCCCAUGUGUUAUGGAUCUGUUUAUCAGUUUCAUGUUAUUUGUGGUCAAGAGUUCAAAGCAUUUUUGUGUUUGAGAUGGUAUGUGCAGUCUCUUUUGGCCCUCCUCCCGCCUGUGAUUGUGUGUGUUGGUGUGUGAGUGAUUUUCAUUUUUAUUGCUCUUUGAAUCUCAUUUCCCUCUUCCUCUUUCAUUGUCAGUAUUUUAUUUUUCGACUUGUAAUUCAGUAUAUAUUUUCUCACUAAUAUAUACUUUACAAAAAAUAGACCUGCGUGAAGUAUGAUGUGCACUUGAUUGCUCUUGUUUAUUUCCUUUUUUGCAUUAAUGUGGGCUAGGGAUAGUUUGUCAGAGUCCAUUAUUUUCAGAUUGUUUGGACUUUUUUUAAUGGUUUGAUGUAAGCAGCAUUCUUUUGUAAAUAUUGUGAAACAUUACAGGUCAUGCAGUGAUGUAACAUUUUGAAUAAUGUUGCACAGAUGUUUAAGAUAUUAAAAACAUGGUCACUCUUACUUGAAUAA